AUGCAUACACCACAAGAGAAAGCACAGAUUUUAUGGUGGUUUCAUAGAAAUGAAUUCCGUAAUGCAACUACAGAGAAACUGCAGAUCCCAGAAAAGAAACGUUACGGACGUCCCUGCACCAGUGAUUUUGAUGUCGAGCGUGUCAGAGAGACAUUUUUUCACAAUCCUAGAAGAUUUGUGAGAUCAGCGGCAAGAGAAUUGGAUAUGCCAAUUUCGACGGUGUACAAGGUUAUUAAGAAAAAAUUAAGACUGCAUGCAUACGAAGUUCAAAUUGAAGUUUUGGAACCGGACGAGAGGCCUAGGAGGAUGGCCUUUGCAACAGAUAUGCUAAGGAGGAUUGAAGAUUAUGCUGAAUUUCUGAAACGCAUAAUGUUCCCCGACGAAGCAUCCUUUCAUCUUUCUGGCAUUAUUAAUCGCCAUAAUGUGCGCAUAUCGGGAUCUGAAAACUCCCAUGAAUACCGUGAGGCAUAA